AUGACACGCCGAGCCCACGGUAUAUUCCAUGAAAUACUCUAUCGAUUGUCGGGCUGGUACUGUUCAUGGGUCAAUAUUCCUUUCGACGCACACAUUGUGCAAUUGCCGUUUGGGUUGGUCUUGAAGUGGACAGACCGAACCAGUCUAGAGGAGGUCGCCGCAAUGCAAAUGGCGCGAGCUGCCGGAAUGCCUGUUCCGAAAGUUUUAUCUUGCGGGGAGCACCCCCAUGCGCCUUUUAAUCGCAUUUUCUCGAUAUUGAUGACGAGAUUGCCUGGAAUACCACUUGUGAACUCGGUCGACCCUUUACAGGUUGAACUAGAAGAACCAUGGCUUUUCGAGCUAAAAGAAUGUGUUACCUCUAUGCGUGCUUGGCCCUCGCCUUAUGCCCGAAAUAUUUGCUCGGUUUUAGGUACCUCAUUACGAAGUUCAAGAGUACCCGAUCAUAUAAUGGGUCCGUUCAUAGACGAAGAUGAGCUCCACGACUUUCUCUUAGGCCCUAGCUCUGGACACGGCUUUGCUUCAACUACAGAGUAUAUCCAAACUUUGACACAAGCAAAUGAAAUUCGCAAAUACUCUCACCGAAUCACUUUUACUCAUGGCGACUUCAAGGCUCACAAUAUCCUUGUUGGAGACGAUGGCCAUCUAUCGGCUUUCCUUGAUUGGGGGUCUGCUGGCUGGUAUCCUGAAUACUGGGAUUUUACGACUGCAAUGAGAUUUGGAAAGAAUACCUGGUGGUACCAGGUGGCUUCGUGGAUUGGGGGGGACCAGUACAACGAGGAGUUAGCUUGUGAUAUUGCGCUUAACUCAUUGACGGUAGACUCAUAUAUAGCUUUCUGA